AUGAGUGAAAAUGUAGGAAACUUCGGAGGAAACAAUCGUGGCGGCGGCCAAGGCGGCCGUGGCGCGUACGUGCCUCCUCAUCUUCGUGGAAGUCGCGGCGGCGGCGAAGAUCACGGUAAUGGUGCACCCCGCGGUGACGGUGGUAUGCACAAGAGUUCAAGCUUCAACAAUCGCGGAAAUUUUGGCGAUGGUGACGGCGGCAAUCGCGGAUAUGACGGUGGAUACGGUGGAGGACACCGUGGCGGACGCGGCGGUGGUCGUGGCGGCCGUGGCGACUACAACAAUGGCGGCGGCUACCGCGGGCGACAGUCCUACGACCGCAGCAACUACCACGACGAGCAGGAGUGGAAGGGACAAGGGCGCGGCGGCGCCGGCGGUGGACAUCAUGAUCAGGCGCCUCAAGAUGGAGGAGCCGGAUUUGGCGGCGGAUUUGCAGGCGGAAAUCGCGCUCCCGCACAGAACUCUCGCUGGAGCCAGGAGCAAGAGCGUCAGCAACAAGGUUGGGCCCGCCAACUUCCCCGAGACGAACGCCUCGAGCAGGAGCUGUUCGCCGGCAUGAACUCGGGCAUCAACUUUGACAAAUACGAGGAGAUCCCCGUCGAGGCCACCGGCGAAAACGUCCCCCAGCCCAUCAGCUACUUUGCCGAGCUGAAGCUGCACGAGUGGAUCGAGGAGAACAUUAAGAAAUCGGGCUACGACCGCCCCACCCCCGUCCAGAAGUACAGCAUCCCGGCGUUGAUGGACAACCGCGAUCUGAUGUCCUGCGCGCAGACCGGAUCCGGAAAGACAGCUGCCUUCUUGGUGCCGCUGAUCAACGCUAUCUUGCAGGGUGGUCCCGAAGCCAUCCACCGGGAAGACAUCGGGCGCUCCGGGCGCAAGAAGCAGUUCCCCAGCGCCCUCAUCCUGUCGCCGACCCGUGAGCUGUCCCUCCAGAUCUACAACGAGUCGCGCAAAUUCGCCUACCGCACCCCGAUCACGUCGGCGCUGCUCUACGGAGGUCGCGAAAACUACCGGGACCAGAUCAACAAGCUGAGGCUUGGCUGCCACAUCCUCAUCGCCACCCCUGGCCGUCUGAUCGACGUGAUGGAGCAGGGCUACAUCGGCCUCUCCGGCUGCAACAACCUGGUGCUCGACGAGGCCGAUCGGAUGUUGGACAUGGGUUUCGAGCCCCAGAUUCGUCAGAUUGUCGAGCUGUCGAGCAUGCCGCGCAAGGGUGAACGAGUCACAGCUAUGUUCUCCGCCACCUUCCCCAAGGAGAUCCAGGUUCUCGCCCAAGAUUUCCUAAUGCCCGACUACGUGUUCUUGGCGGUCGGCCGUGUCGGCUCAACCUCGGAGAACAUCCAGCAGAAGGUCGUCUGGGUCGAGGAGAACGAGAAGCGCAACAUUCUGAUGGAUCUGCUCGAUGCUGGAGGCCAAGAAGCCCUGACCGUCGUGUUCGUAGAGACGAAACGCGGCGCUUCGGAUCUUCAGUACUACCUGGAACGCAAUGACUACGGUGUCGUCGCCAUCCACGGCGAUCUCAAGCAGUUCGAGCGUGAGCAGAACCUCGACAUGUUCCGGUCUGGCCAAGCCAACGUGAUGGUCGCUACGGCAGUCGCUGCCCGUGGUCUCGACAUUCCGAACGUGCGCCACGUCAUCAACUACGAUCUGCCGAAUGACAUUGACGAGUACGUGCACCGUAUCGGUCGUACGGGUCGUGUGGGAAAUAUUGGUCUCGCCACGUCGUUCUUCAACGACAAGAACCGCAACAUUGCCCGCGACCUGAUGGACCUGAUCGUCGAGUCGAACCAGGAGCUGCCCGAUUGGCUCGAGCGCUGCGCGAGCGACAGCGGCCGUUAUGGCGGCAGCGGACGCCCGCAACGUGGACGCGGUGGACGUUUCGGAGGCCGCGAUCAUCGUCUCGAGUCUGGCGGCGGCGGCGGCCGCGACUUCCGCAGCGGUGGUGGCGGAUACGGCGGCGGCAGCGGCUCGGGCUACGGGAGCGGUGGACGCUCGGGCGGCGGCUUCGGCAACGGCGGUGGUGGCGGCUUCGGCGGCGGCUCGCGCCCGGCCCCGUCUCGUCCGGCGGCCGCCAACGAUUGGUGGAAC